CGCAUGUCGCAGUGGCAUUUCAUUGCAUUGUCCAAUUGUCUUUGCGGUUGUUUGUUUGUUCUGAUCGAAAUAUUAUUUUACCGAACUUUUGAACUAUAUCUUAACAGAAUAUAAAUUAAAUUAGGACUUUUUAGUUUAGCUUUUAUGUGAUAUAGGCGUGAAAAAAUAUUCAGGUAGGAAACUUUUCGAAAUGAAGGCUAGUUUGUGUUUUUUAUUGGUGUAUGUAUAUGUGUGUAGUGCUGCAAGUAAUAGCGAUAAAGAAAUUGAAGAAGAUAGAAACAGGAAGAGAAUAAUUGAACAGUUGACUCGGACGCGUACUGUGUUGCAUGAAGACUAUCAGUUGGUUACUAGGCAAAUUGCUACAGAUGUAUAUAUGUUCAGAAGUUACCGUACUGUCUCUGUUGUUUUUUAUCCAAUUAUGAGACAAGUUAGUGAUGCCCGGUUCACAUUCCAGUCUGAAGAGCUUCAUUUAAAUAAUAUUGGCUCAUGUGAUCCACAAGAAAUUGUUGUAAAUAUAAAGUAUGGGGCGUAUGCAGCCGUGAAUCCUGAUGGAUAUGAUUUCCCGAAGGAUUUUGUGGAUCCGGCCACGAGGGAGGACCUGUAUACUCUCGAACUGGAGUCUGAUGGGAGGAACCGGACGUACAGUAUAAAGAAUCCAAAACCGGGCCAGUGGUACGCUUUAAUUUAUAUCAAAUGGGAGGAUCCCAGAACUCAAGCACUUGAGCAGCAGGGUCUCGUGGCUGACUGCCAAACAAUCAUUUACACCGAUUUACAAGUGAAAAGAGUGAAAGAUAUAGAAUAUGUUAAUUGUUAUUCUGGAUUGACGGUCAACUACACACAGAUCCCAUCUUACUACAAAUGCAUGUCCCGAGACAAGGUACAGCCGAUACGGUUCAAUUUAACUGUCAAUAAUGCUCCAAUAGGGUCUAAAAAAGUAUUAUUGAAGAUUCAGACAUUGUCGCUUCCAACCGACGAAAGCCAUAUUCUAUCUUGCGCCUUUGACCCAAAUUCUGGUACUCAGUCAGUCGUGUUUAUCCCUAAUCUGUUCGAAUGGCAUUACUUGUAUCUGGACUUUAUUGAUAACUCCACAAACAUUGCCGACUGUGAAUCUUACAUAACUAACGACGACCAUGAAACUGAUAACUAUACAAUUUUAGAACUUAUGAGAGACGAUAGAGGUAGAUUUUUCACAUUUGAUUAUGGUUUACCAACGACCGAUUUACAAGAUACAACCAGCUUGGUUAAUAUAUCGUCCAACGAAAUAAAAACACUAAGAUUUAAAGUCCAUCAAUUCCUGGAUAUAGGCGGUUCGUUGUCAAUUGAAGCUAGUCUUUUAAUGAGUCUUAAAUACUACAUGGGAUAUAAAAGAGAGUUGAAAGAAGGUGCUUUAUUAGCGUUCACUGAGGAGAACCAGUAUUUCAAAGCUGUUAUAUGUCUAGAUAUCGGCUACUCCAGUAUACCAUUAGAAAAUGGUUACUGUAAAUACAAUGAUCAUAUCAAACCCGCGCUUUUUAUCUUGAACAGCACUGAUUCUGACUCAAUAUAUGACAAAGUGAUCAUACCAUUUCCGGAGAGUGGCACGUGGUAUUUGACUUUUAGGAUAUUCUGCGAUGACGUAGUCUGUCCAUGUCGCACUACAGAUAACGGUACAAAGUAUUACGUGGACUCUACGCCGUUAGACAAAGAUGCAAUUCAAGAUUCUACAACUAAAGAAGUUUGGAGGGAAGGCACAUCGGAGUGUAAUGCUACAGUGGUCCUAUCUGUGUCUUCAACGUCUUGUGUCGCGGGGAAGUGCAGUAAUCAUGGCAACUGUCUUCUGAAUACAUUUGGGGGACUCGUCAUGUCCUUCUGUUCGUGUUCUGCUGGAUACGGAGGUUGGGACUGCUCAGACGAUUCUAGAAUGGACAGCAAACUUUACAUGCUCGUCUCUGUGUUGCUUCUCACAUUGAGUAACCUUCUGUUCUCUUUGUCAAUCUACAUCGCCAUCAUUCGUCUCUACUACACGGAAGCCAUGAUGUACGGGUUUACAAUGAUAUUCUCAACAUUCUAUCAUGCGUGCGACGCACCAGCUCAAGUCGCGUACUGCAUCCUUACAGGUAACAUACUCCAAUUCGGAGACUUUUACUGCGGUAUCAUGUCUUUCUGGGUGACAUUGCUCGCGAUGAGUAUAAUCAACGAGAGGUUCAGAUCUUCACUGCAGCUAAUAGGUGCCAUAGUCAUAGCAUUAUUGACCACUUGGAAUAGACGUUCCUUUAUGGCGUUUGUGCUCCCAGUAGCCGUCGGACUCUUCAUACUUCUGUUAUCCUGGUACUUGGAUUACAGGAAAUACCGUAAAAUGAAAUUUCCAAGGUCAUACUACAAAAUUUACUUGCUACUAGGCCUCGUUUCCGUCUCUAUAGGCUUAAUAUGUUACGGGUUCCUGCAAACCGAACAGAAUUAUAAGGUGGUGCAUUCGAUAUGGCACAUGAUUGUAGCUGUGAGCGUAGUGUUUCUUUUGCCUGAUAAUAAACGUGGCGAUGACAGUAACCCGUUUCUGCCGAGCCCGGACUAUUGUAGGUUGCCGUCCUGCAAUUUCUUCCGUAGAACUCAAACGCCGAUCGCGACUGAUUAAUUUCAACCCUAUGUAAUACGCAUUUAAGGUGCAAUUAACCAUAAAUAGCUUUUAAGAGGUAAAUGUUAUAACGCAUUUUUCUACUAGUCAUCAACAGGUACAGAAUAAAUAAAUGUUUUAGUAUUGUAUUAUGAAUGUUAUAUUAAAUGUAAUUAAUAUACACGAGACAAUAUAGGAAUAGGGUAAAUAUUGUAUUAAAAAAAAAAUCUUUCACUACACAAGACUACAUUUUAUGGCAUAAUAUUGAUGGAGUAAGUUGUGAUUGUAAUCUACAUAAAUGUAUUAUCUACUAGAGAUAGGUAAUAUAUAUCAAUAUAU